AUGAACGAUUACACCAGUGUACCGGGAGAGUUUCUGGUGCCGUUGUCCCAUAGGAACCGCAGUUACAGGCUUGUGCAGUUGCGAAAUGGUUUGGUGGCCUUACUAAUAUCAGAUCCAGCGAAAUGUUCUGCUGCUGCUGCAUUAUGCGUUGCAGCCGGCUCGAAUAAUGAUCCUUCCAACAUCCCCGGCCUAGCCCAUCUAGUGGAGCAUAUGGUUUUCAUGGGCACCAAGAGCUUCCCCAAGCCGGAUUAUUUGCAAGAGUUGGUCUACCAGAAUAACGGUCUGGUAAAUGCAUACACCACUAAUGAAAAAACCUGUUUCCAUUGGGAAAUUCCUUCAACGGGCUUGAUCAAAGAUGAAAAUCCUUUUGAGUUGGUAUUGAAGGUGUUUGCGUCUUUCUUCAAGGAUCCGAUUUUCAAUGCAAAACACAUACGCUCCGAGAUUCUGAAUGUAAACUCUGAGCAUUUCUUGAACUUGAAGUCUCUUGAUAAAAAAUUCUACCAUUCACUCAAGAUACUAGCGAAUAGAGCCCACCCUUUCCAUAAAUUUGGUACUGGUGAUGAGAGUACUCUUCAUUCAAACCCAAAGCUACUCAACUUGAAUUUGAAAAAAGAGGUUGCUCUUUUUUUCAAACUCCAUUAUAUUGCAAAUAAUAUGACUUUGGUGUUAAAGGGACCGCAAUCGCUAAAUUUCCUAGCCAAGCUAGCCAUCGCCAACUUCAUUGGCAUUCCCCGAGAACCAACGCUCCCCGUCUUUCCCUCGGUGGCUCUCCCUCGUUACGAUUGCAAUGCUUUCUCGUCCUCUAACACGAACAAGCUAUUACGCGUUGAGUCCGCAAAUGACUCGAAACUAAGAAUGAUCUUCCCUCUUUGCAAGUUAAAGUCUCAUCCGUAUAUAGAGGAAUUGAAACGUACUUGGGUCCACCUACUAGGUGAAGAAUCCAAAAACUCCUUGUGUGAUUACUUGAUUAAUGAAAAAUUUUGGUCAACUUCAAUAAUAGCAUCCACCCAAAAUCUCACCUAUGAUGAAUCGGUUUUGAUAAUUGAGAUUUCCCUAACUUUAAAGGGAAGAAAUAAUUUAGAAAACCUCAUUAUUGAGAUCUUCAGCUUCCUAUAUAAUGUUUUGUUUGAUACUCCUGCUUCAUCGAUAUCGUCCUUCUUGCACAACAUUUCAAUUAUUGAUAAUUUGAAUUAUCUUCAUCAAGAUUUAUCUGUUUCCUCCGUCAACGAAGUUACUAAUCUAAGUGAGACCCUUUUAAACUUGAACAUCGUUGGUGGUAACCGAAACUUAAUAAAAGGGUUCGUCACUUGGGGCGAUAAGGUCUCUUCGGAAGACUAUCUUAGCGAAUCAUGGUGGGCGUCAUUGGCAGAGAUUUUUCUUUCAACAACAAGAGAGACUUUGUCUCUCAGUAACUUCAAUCUAAUUAUAAUUGACUCAAACCACCCACCCACUGAAAGUACUUUGGUUGAUGAAUACUACCAUUUCAAGUAUCUGGUUUCUCAGUUCGAUCCUUUAUAUUAUUAUACCAAAUUACAUCCUUCGCCGAUAUCUUUUUCGCAGUCAAAUUUUUUUGCGGACCAAUUUAACCUAAACGAUAUUUACAAUUCACUAAAUUCUAUUUCGUCUCAGAUUCAUAAUAACCCUUUGAGUUUUAUACCCCAGCCCGAAGCAAAAGACUCUUUGGAACCUAUGACGUUAUACGAUCAUAGUGGAAAUCAUGAAUUAUGGUAUCACAAAGCUAAUUCGCCCAACAAAAUGGCUUUAUCUUUCAAAACUCAACUUUUCUUUGAAAAUACUGCAAAAUUGACGGUAGGCAUCGAAAUAUUAUGUGAUUUAAUUGGUACAGACUUCAAAACAGAAUUCUACCCUGCUGAGCAAGUUGGCUGUUCUUGGGGGUUGUAUCCGUGUGUAAAUAGUACUUGCUCGAUUCUGGUCACUAUUUGUGGGUUAGCUGUAAAUUUUGUACAAUUUUUAACAAAUUUUAUUCAAAAAUUAUUGCAAAAUCUUCAAAAUGUCAAAGAGUUAGAGUAUCAAACCUUUAAGAAAUCUAAAGUUAAGCUACGUAAGAAAUACGAAAACAUACUAGAUGCAAAUGGGAUCAGUAAAAUUUUUGCAGCUUCGUAUGUCUUCUUAGAAGAAAAAGUUUGGACUUUGGAUGAAAGAAUCGAUGCAUUCGAAGAAAUUGAAAUUGACGAUCUAAUUAAUAUAAGUGGUUCAUUCUUGAAUGGCUUGUCAUAUACCACCAUCUUAAUCACUUCUCCUCCUGAUUUUGAUGAAACAGUUCAAAUACUGAAAAUCAUUAAUCUGUUCACUAAUCACGAAAAACUUUCAAGUGAUACAACCAAAACUUUAGAUCUACCUUCGAGCUACCUUUUACCCAGAGGGUUUGAUUAUACCUAUCAAAUGCAAACAACCGAUCCCUCAAACAUUAUAUUUUAUUAUGUCCAAAUAGGUGAGAAUGAUUGUGAACUAAAGAAAGCAUUAUGUUUCCUAACCUCUUACUUUAUAUCGCAAAAUAUAUCAAACGAAUUAAGAACAAAAAGGCAAUUAGGCUACUCAAUAAUUUCAGAUGUUAAAAUUUUAAGAAGAAGCUUAGGUAUUCAUAUAACGAUAGCAAGUGAAAAAUAUCUACCUGCUUAUUUGAAGACCGAAAUUGAAAGCUAUUUAGAAGAAUUGAAUCAGAUGAUAUCUUUUUUCACCAACGAUGAAUUUAGUCAAUUGAAGGAUCAGUUUCUAAUAACCCACAAGAGCAACUUAACCAGUGUAGAAUCUAAUGGUUCUUCCUUAGGUCUCCAACCCAGCAUUAGUAGUAGCAACGAGCUCCAAGGCACAUUAUAUGAUGUUCAUAAGCUUCAGUGGGAAAAGAUAAUGAAUAAAAAUCAUGAGUUUUCGAAAAAUAAGAGAGAAAGUGAAAUUGACUACGAUAUCGUUAGGGGUUUAACCCAAAAUGACAUGGUGAUUUUUUUCAGAGAGUUCGUAUCACCAGUUUCUGAUUUGAAAAGAUCUCUUUCUUUAUUCAUGCAAACGAAAUGCGAUAUCCAUGAACUUACAAAUUCUUAUCUAAAGAAACAAUUACAUAUUUAUCUUGAUCUACAGAGUAUUCAAUUAUCAGACGAAGAAAUUGAAAAUAUUGUUGAGAAAUGCAAUGGAAGUCCUAUAAUGUUACCAAAAGAAAUAUUUAAAGUCUUAAGAAAGAAAGACAUCAGUAAGAGUAUCAAGUACUUUAAGAAAUCUUAUGUUAAUAUUAGUAAAUCAAGUAUUGCCUCUUUUUUCAUAAAACAAAAACAUAAUACUGAUCAUAUCGAAAAGAGCGAUGAUAUUGAGCUAAAAUCCCCGAGUGAGUUACAUGAAAACUGUGAAGUCAUUGCCAAUAAAAUGGCCAAUCUUGAAUUGCUAUGUUGA